CAUCCAUUUUAAUUAAUUAAUCCUGUUCUUUAAUUCAAGAUUCAAAUUUGUUCUCUCCAAAAAUAUAUCGCACAAUUCCGAAGCCACCAUUAACACGGCCAUCGCUGGUUUUGCAUCCCUGGGUAUUGGGAAAUCGGAAUGGCAAAGAUAAACAUUUUGGCAGGCAUGUCAGAAAAAAAGGAAAAGAAAUACAAGAAAAGCAGGGAAGAAAUCCGUAGAGAAAUUGCCCGCGAAUUCGAUUUGCCUGAACGCAAAUCCAAGAUAGCCACAAUUCUAAAGCAGGAAGACCAGGCGUACUGCAUAUGUCGCACCUCCGACUGCUCCAGGUUUAUGAUCGGCUGCGAUGGCUGUGAGGAAUGGUACCAUGGCGAUUGCAUUGGCAUCACAGAGAAGGAGGCAAAACACAUCAAGCAAUACUUCUGCUGUCGAUGCAAGCAGGAGAAUCCGGAACUCCAGACAAUUUUCCGCCUGGUGGCCACCGAGCGGGCAGCGGCCUCCAAUGCCGCCUCCACCAGUGGCACCAACACUCACGGAUCGGGUCCGCCUGCAUUAGCUGCCGUUCAACCAGCAGCCGCCCAGCCGAAGCGAAAGCAUAGCAAUGCCAAAGAGCCCAAGGCGGGAAAACGUUGCGGCACCUGCGAGGGAUGUCGCCGUCCCAACUGCAAUCAAUGCAAUGCCUGUCGUAUUCGCGUUGGCCACAAGCCGCGCUGCAUCUACCGCACAUGUGUCGCCCAGGCGGCCGCCGUGUCCGAACCCCAGGCUUCGGGUCCCUCAAGGAAACGGGAAAAGACCACGGCCAAGGAUCGCAAGAUGAAGGUCGGCAAUCGUGUGGCCAGUCCCGAAGUGUUUCUCAACCCCGAGCUGGAAGGAACGCGGCAGUGUCAUGGCCCCGGCUGUUGCUGCCAGGCGCGACCUCAGAGUAAAUACUGCAGUGAAAAAUGCGGCUUCAAUCUAGCGACCAACCGCAUAUUCCAGGUGCUGCCGCAGCGUUUGCAGGAAUGGAACCUAACGCCCUGUCGUGCAGCAGAGGAUAACCGCACACAGCUUGAAUCCAUCCGGGAUAAGCAGUCGAUGGUCCGCUUCGCUCUCGCUGAGCUCGAAAAGCGCUCCGACGAGCUCAACAUGGUAGUGGAGCAGGCCAAGCACAGCAUCAUAGAAAGGCAGACCGCGAACGACACUGGCGACGUCGAGGAUGAGCAGAGCAUGUAUUGCAUCACUUGCGGCCAUGAAAUCCACUCUCGCACCGCCAUCAAGCAUAUGGAGAAGUGUUUCAACAAAUACGAAUCUCAGGCCAGCUUCGGCAGCAUUUUCCAGACCCGCAUGGAGGGCAACAACAUGUUCUGCGACUUUUACAAUCCGGCCAGCAAGACCUACUGCAAGCGACUGCGCGUCCUGUGCCCCGAGCACAGCAAGGAUCCGAAAGUAAACGAGACUGACGUCUGCGGCGCUCCCCUCGUCGCCAAUGUCUUCGAGCCCACCGGACAGUUCUGUCGUGCUCCAAAGAAGAGCUGCUUCAAGCACUAUGCCUGGGAGAAGAUUCGGCGGGCCGAGAUCGAUCUGGAGCGCGUCCGGCAGUGGCUUAAAAUGGACGACCUGAUGGAGCAGGAGCGCGGCUACCGACAGCAGCUUAGCUCUCGUGCCAAUCUCCUUGGCCUCAUGCUCCACUCCACCUACAAUCACGAGGUAAUUGACGAGCUGGUUCGCAAGCAGAACGAGCAUCUGGCCGAGUUCGAGAAGCAGCAGCGUCGUCAUGCCCAUCAGCAGCAGCAGCAGAAGGAGAAGCACCAUAAACACCAAGAACAGCAACAAAAGCAGCAGCAGCAGCAGCAAGAACAGAAGCAGCUGCCACCACAACCACAAAAUCCUCAGCGACAACCACUGCUACAACAGCAGCGACAGCAUCAACAGCAACAGCCGCAGCAGCAGCAUCAGCAGCAGCAUCACCACCACCACCACCAACAGCAGUCACAACCGGAGCAAAGUCAAAAGCCCCCUACCAUCCACCAGCAUGGUAGAUUCUAGAUUCGGCAACUGUGUCCAGCUCCAGCUCCAGCGCCAACACUCCAUCAUUCCCUUUGCUGCAAACACACAAACUCCAUUAAUAAGCAGACUUCAACACUUUUUCGUACGAUAAUCCAAGAAAAUUUUCUCCUGUGAAUCAACAACAACAAUAACAACAUAAAAAAGGUUCUGUAUCACGUCACCGUCACCCUGGGCAACAUAUUCGAAACAUUUGCCGACACACGGCCGGCUUUUCUCUGGAGCCUUUCCUGGAAGAAGCAGAUCACAAGCAUAGCCCAGAGGUUGCUAUGCGUCCGGACAAGGGCCCGCCCAUGUUUGUUAUUGAAAACUAAGCCUCAAAUAUGCAUUUAUUGAUGGCAACAAGCAUGUGUCCCAUAACAACCAUGGGUUGGCACUCUUAAAAAUAUCAUUCACGCGCUUUUAUUUUUUGACUAGAAAUGAAAUUAUAUUUAUAUAUGUAUAAACAUA